AAACGUCGCAAUACGAAAGCAGAUAGCAGCGUAAACAUCGCAGUUCAUAACAAACGUUCAAGAAAUUUAGAAAUCUUCGCUCACCAUUUCGCAGAAAUCGUUCGAAAAGAGAAGAAAUUUGACAGAAAAAAAGUCGAAAAAAAUACACACAAUAGAAGAAGACACGAAACGGUUGUUUAUUAGUUUUGUUUGUUUGGCUUUUUUUUCGACGACACGGAUAAAGAGCCACCGACAGAUUAGCAGAGAGAAAUUAACGCAGAAAGGUGUACGAAAAAAAUUAAGUGAUUGGCACAAAUUUGGCGUAUAAAUUUAUUCCGAAAACGUGAAAGAGAGUGCAGGGAAUGUACAAAUUCUGAUUCAUUUUUGAUUAGCACAACAAAACAAUCUCCGAAUCGGGUAUAUGAAUUGGCAGUAGAGUGAAAGAAUAAAGAGAGGUAAAAAAAAGCAUAACAAACCUAACGGGAACACAGAAAACGAAGCUGUUGAAUGAAACGCGACGUUUCAACGACGACGACUAAGACCACGACAACAACAAGGAGACAAAGACAGACAGAGAAAACCAGCACACAGCACCCAUUCCGAGCGCAGCGGAGCGACGGAGAGAAGAAAAUAACAAACAAAGACAUACAACACAUCAGCACACAUAGUUAGAGAGCAGAGCAGAGCACAGCACACAUCAAUAAAUAUAAUAACAAAGCUGCGUUUUGUUUUCUCACUUCGAAAUCUUCACAACGACUUCAGUUGUACUGUUACACAAUUUGUAAUUGCGUCGCAUCGUAAACAACACGAAACAAAAAUAAAAAAAACAUUUUACCACACGUCAAACUGCCUGCGAGAACGUAAUAGAAAAGAAAAUACAACCAAAUAUAUAGCAAAUAAAUUUCUUUUUAUUUAAAACGUUAUUCGCCACAAUAAGACAAAACCAAAAUUCUCAUCGAUUUAUCAAAAAAGGAAUUCACAGUUUUUGACGAAAACAAAAAACCAAUCGAAGAAGAAAUAACUCGAGAAAUUUUCACACAUUCACGAAAGACGAAGUGAAAAAACAAAACAAAAUCAGCCACAAAGCGAGAGAGACAAUAAAAGAAAUAGUCAUCAACAUUCAUUGAGGCCAAUGGACUGAGAAAAAGUUUAAUGUCGAUGUGUGCUAUUUUAAAAAGUGUUCGCUUCUCGAAAACUGUAUGGAAAAUUUCGAAUCAAUACAAUGACCCCUAGUGCAUUGUCAAAACAUUCAACGCAUUGUGAUAAACAAUAAUAAUAACAUCAACAACAAAUAAAAUGUUAUAAAAAGAGAGAAACACAAAUAAUAAAAUAAAAUAAUAUCCGAUCGUGUUCAGUGUGACAAAAAAAAAAAACAAAUUAAUUCAUGCACACUCAAUUCUUUCUCGUUUAAUCGCAAUCCGAGAAGAAGAAAACCCUAAAACACGAAUCAUCUAAAUCGAAUUUUAAACGCAGCAAAUCUAAUAGCAUAUUCAGCCAAAACGAGAUCAAGGUUUGACAAGUACAUAAUUUGCGUAGACUUCGCUGAUUUUCUGGUUUUCGUUUCGAUUCGUUGUCGCUGUGUGUUUUGUUUUUCUCUUCAUUCCUAUGACAGAUUCAAUCUUGUUCUUUAGUGCGCGCUCAAUUCUACGAUUUAGUCGAAUAAAUUGCGUUUUUCCCCCCGUUAGCGAUUGAUUAAAUCGUAUCUUUUUUUUCGUCGACGAAAGAAGAAAAAAAAAACGAAAUUGUCCAACGCGCGAAAAAUCGCGAUAAAAUCAAGAGUAAUUUCCGAUGCGCAAAUUAAUAUAUAAUUAAAAAUAAACAUCAAGCGAUUAUAAAGAAACACAAAAAUACAUUUUUUCCCCUUCUGAAAAAAAAAAAACAGAGGAAAACUUAUCGACCCGCCGCCACCAACAUAUACUAACAACAAAAUACAAGGCUGUGAAAGAGAUAAAGCCUUUCAACAAAAUCUAUACUACAUCAAAUCGAAUCGAAAUCAUCUCAACGUUUAAAAAAACAGUUAUCAACAAAAACACAAAUUGAAUAAAUAAUAAUAACCAAUUUUUAUUUAUUGAAAUCACACAAUCGCUAGCUCACUUUCUCUUACUCAGAAAGACAGAGACGCUUUAAUUAAUUAUAAUCAAGAAGGGGCAAAACGUGCGCGAAAUAAAAAAGAAUCGUAAUUAAAGCAAACAAAAAAACAAAAAACAAAACAAAAUUCAACACACGACCGAACUAAUUUAUCUCAAUGGAAGUCAUUUACGAAAUAUUUUCGCAAUCUCAACCGUUCGCAUCCGUUAUAUUUGUAAAUAGAAUAUCAAAUUGAACAGCAAACAGCAACAAAAACAAACAUAAACUCUCGCCUAGAAAAUAACAGCAAUUAACACACCGAACUCGCUCAAGACUAAAUAGCAACAGCAACAAGAAACAAUUUUUAAAAUAACUUACAAACGGUCGCCGCCCUCUUCAUACACGUCAAAUUAAAAGAAGUUCAAUACGAAUUAAAAAAAAAAAAGUUUUAAAGAAGAAAUCAACAUAACAACACAAAAAGUCAACAGAAGAUUCGAUUUAUCCUCUCAAAAAAAAAAAAACGAAUUAUCUCUUAAACACGCUACCGUGCGCCGAUUAACAGAAGACAAUUACACAUCAAUCAGGAUCACAUUAACGGACGGUGAUUCUGUGCGAUUCAUACGACAAAUAAAACGAAUUACUCUGAAUUGAAUUAGUUCAAGUCGAUAGAGACACAUAUUGAAGUUCAGACGCUGACGGGGAACAACGAAACAGUUCCAACAAAAUGGUUAAAACAUUUCAAGCGUAUUUACCGCCAUCAAAUCGAACAUAUUCUUGCGUUCACUGCCGGGCACACUUAGCUAGUCACGAUGAGCUAAUAUCGAAGUCGUUUCAAGGUAGCCAAGGAAGAGCCUAUCUGUUCAAUUCUGUAGUCAAUGUGUCUUGUGGUCAAGCCGAAGAACGCCUAUUACUAACUGGCUUACAUGCGGUAGCCGAUAUCUACUGUGAAUGCUGUAAAACACCGCUUGGCUGGAAAUACGAGCACGCAUUCGAAUCCAGUCAAAAGUAUAAAGAAGGAAAAUACAUCAUCGAGUUAGCCCACAUGAUCAAAGAAAAUGGCUGGGAUUGAUCCAUUCAUUGAAUUUGACCUAAAACAACCCAUAACCACACACACACACACACAUACAUUAUAUACAAGAAUUCAGCUUCACGUUAAGCUUCAUCUCUAAUUUUAUAAGUCCUGAUGAUGAUGAUUUUUUUUUAAAUUUUAAGAUGGAUUAAUUAUAUUAUAUAUUGACAUUUAGUUAAAUCUAAUUUUUUUUUUAAUUUUUGAUCAAUAAUCAGUUUUUUUGAUUGUUUUAUUCAAAAACAACAUUUUUACAACUAGAAACAGAAGUGGAAGAAAAAGAAGGGAAAAAUGGUUUAUGAUAAAAUGAAAUAACAGAAUGCUAUUAUAGAAAGUUUCGUCUAUCCAAGAGUAGUCAUAAACAUUAAGUGUGCAGGCGUAUUAGGCGAGAAACAGAGACAUAAAUGGCAUAGUUCAUAUUUAAUGGAAUAAAAGAAGAAACAAAAACAAAAACAAAAACAAAAAUCACUCAUGAAAAUGAGUAGAGAGAAAAGAAAACAGAAAAAUCGAGUAAAAAAAAAUGACCGUAUUUUUUGGUGUCCGUGCUUUGAAAACAAAAACAAUUGUCAUUUAAUCAAAUGUUUACAAGUAUAAGAAUUUGUGAAUUGAUGUGUAUUCAACUUUCUCACAAUUUUCCGGAUGGAUUCGAUAACCAAAAAAAAAACCAA